GCCUCUGGGGGCGCAGGGGCCUCCGCGCGCGUGACUGUGCGGCCGGGAGGCUGUGCGAUCCCGCGGGGCUCCCCUGCGGGCCGUCCCUGAGCCCCAGGAGCAGGACCCGCUGCUCUGGGCCGGGCCUGGUCCCCGGAGCGCUGCCGAGGGCGCCAUGGAGACCCCUGCCCCGAAGCCCCAGGAGACAGCUCUGCCCUCUCAGGACCCUGUACUUCCCUUCAAAGAGAAUCCAGAGGACACGUGGGGUCAGGGUCUCCUGGAAGCCAAGUCCGAGGAGCUGGUGACUUUCAAGGAUGUGGCUGUGGACUUUACCCAGGAGGAGUGGGGCCAGCUGGACUCGCCUCAGCGGGCCCUGUACCGCGACGUGAUGCUGGAGAACUACCGGAACCUCCUUGCCCUGGCAGGGCCUCCAGUCUGCAAGCCGGACGUGAUCUCCCACCUGGAACGAGGCGAGGAGCCCUGGCAGGCGCCUAGAGAAGCCCCUGGAGGGGCGUGUCCAGACCGGGAGCCCAGGCUGGGGCUGAAGGAGGAGUUGGCUGAGCAGCGGGGCGUUUGCAAGGAAGAGCUGGCUCAGGAGCUGGGCACCGGGCAGCUGGGCAGGUCCUGGCUCCACAGCCGUGCUCCAGGCGGUGGGCCUGCCUGGGAGGGCCCAGCUGCUGCUCCAUCCCGAGGCAAGGCUGUGCUCUGGAAGCGGGCACCCACCAGCUGUGCAGAUGCAUCUGCGAACUGCUACCAGCAGGGACACAAGGCAUUUGAGGAGGAUGCUCCCUCCAGGUGCCCCCUCUUGGCCCAGCCAAGUGUUCCCACAGAAGCCGACUCUCCUGAUGGACGUGUGGAGAAUAUGCAGCCCAGAGAGGCAGGAGCGAAGCACCAGAUGACGUGCAUAGCCAGGAACUCCUGCAAGUCCAGCAGACAUGGAAAAUACCCGCCAGGGAGCACGCAGCAGGGUGCAGGCCCCGGGGAGGGUCUUUUUGUGUGUGGGGAGUGUGGGAAAGCCUUCCACCAGAGCACUUCCCUCACCCUGCACAGGCGCUGGCAUGCGCGUGAGAAAGCCUACAAGUGCAGCGAGUGUGGUAAGGCCUUCACCUGGAGUACCAACCUCAUUGAGCACCAGCGGAUCCACACAGGUGAGAAACCUUUCUUCUGCGUCGAGUGUGGGAAAGCCUUCAGCUGCCACUCAUCGCUGAAUGUGCACCACCGGAUCCACACAGGUGAGAGGCCUUACAAGUGCAGUGCCUGUGAGAAGGCCUUCAGCUGCAGCUCACUGCUUAACAUGCACCUCCGGGUGCACACGGGCGAGAAGCCCUACAAGUGCAGUGAAUGUGGCAAGGCCUUCAACCAGAGGACACACCUGACACGCCACCACAGGAUCCACACGGGCGAGAAGCCCUACAAGUGUGAUGCAUGCGGCAAGGCCUUCACGUGCCACUCAUCCCUGACCGUGCACGAGAAGAUCCACAAUGGCGAGAAGCCGUUUAAAUGCUCUUACUGCGAGAAGGCCUUCAACAACCGCUCACGCCUCACCCUGCACCAGCGGAUCCACACUGGGGAGAAGCCCUUCAAGUGCAGCGACUGUGGGAAGGGUUUCAGCUGCCACUCCUACCUAGUGGUGCACCAGAGGAUCCACAGCGGGGAGAAGCCCUUCAAGUGCAACGAAUGUGGCAAGGCCUUCAGCUCCCACUCCUACCUCAUCGUGCACCAGCGGAUCCACACUGGGGAGAAGCCUUUCGACUGCAGCCGCUGCUGGAAGGCCUUCAGCUGCCACUCAUCCCUCAUUGUGCACCAGCGGAUCCACACGGGCGAGAAGCCCUACAAGUGCAGGGAGUGUGGCAAAGCCUUCAGCCAGAACCACUGUCUCAUUAAACAUCAGAAAAUCCACUCUGGGGAGAAGUCAUUUAAAUGCAAUGAGUGUGGUGAAGUGUUCAGCUGGAGUGCUCACCUUGCCGAGCAUCAGAGGACGCACAGCGAGGAGAAGCCCUUUGCCAUCCAGUUCAACAAGCACCUGCUGAGCACCUACUACAUGCCUGGCAGCCUGCUGGGCACAGAGGACACAGGUGUUGGCAGCGUGGACCCAAUGAAUGCCCUGGACAUGGCAGAGCUCCUGUGCGUGGUUCCGCCCUCAGCCAGCAGGAAUUUCCCCCUGGGCAGCAAGCCCGGAAACUGAGGUGGCGAGCUGUGGUGCAGCUCCUCCUUGCCCAGAAGGCACAGCGGCUCACCUGCAGACCACGCAGAUCUCUGCAGGCCAGGAAGCUCCUUUCCACCCAUGUGUUUCUCCAUGCACCGGGGCACCUCUCUUAGGUAGAGGUCGGCGGCUCCUCAGAUGGGUUCCUGGCUUGAUUUUGAUCAGGAAUGCUUCCGGUACACCUUUGCUUAGAGUGAUAAUUUUAAAAAAAUAAGGAUUAUGAACAAUAUUACUUCCAAGUGAACGUUAUAUUCCAGGAGGGGAGAGUAAUCUUGGAUGUAGAGGAGGGAAAAUGAAUUUCUAGAGUCACCUCCUUUAAGCAGGUCCCCUGCAGAGUCGUUCAUUAAUGACUGCCACCCAGCACGGUCCAGCAUCAGCGCAGCCAGGUCCUGACAUGCCGGCAUCCUGCCUGGCUGCCCAAUCCUAGGUGGGAAAUAGCACACAGGCAGCUGCCCAGGCUUCCAGGUGCGGUGCCAAGGUAGAUGUAUUUAGAACCAGCCUUUGUCCCAGCUGGGGAGGCUGCCUGCAGGGCCCCUCUGGUCACUGUUCAGCUCAGCCCAGCCCAGCCCCCGGGGAGGAAUCCCUUCCCCAUCCCAUGCCUUCUGCAGGGGUAGAGGCGAUGUUCUUCCAGAAUCGUUAUUUCUACUCAGUUCUAAGCAAGUACAUGCCUUCUCAGCGAUGAUCCUUUACAUGCAUAAAGGGUGCUGCAGCUCAUGAAAAGCUGUUCAGUAUACCUUUUAAACUAUGGAGGCAAAAUAACCACAUUGGAAAUGUGGAAUUAAGGGGGAAAAGGCCCAUGACUCUUAAUAAAACUGCAUUUUGCACUUUGAUGCAUUGCCUUCUCUUUUCAUCAUGCAUUUUUACAUUAGUUUAAACAUAGUGUAUAUAUCAUUUUAAUCUUUUCUUUUUCUACUUAGCUGCAGAAUGGAAUUUUUUCCCAAGUAACCUGUCUUUGGAGUUUAAACUCCAGAUGGAGGUGUGGUAUUCUAUGAGAUAUUCUUUUGUUAGGUGUUGAAGUUAUUCUCAGUAUUACAAAUCAUUUGUAGAACAUCUUUUUGCGUUCUACUUCAUUUUCUUAGAGAAGAUUUGUAGAAGGGGAAAUUUUGAGAUAAAGGAAAUGAACUGCUUAAGGAAUCACCUUAGUAUGCUUUUGCUUAUGUGUCUCAUGGACAUCAGGCCGCAGUAGACGGCAGGCAGGCAGGAGCAUCCCCUACAGAUCCAGAGACAGGCACCGUUCGAAGCUGGGUGUCCAGACAGCCUCUGUGCAGGACGUGGAGACAACUCGGUGAUGAUCCCGGACGUCAGCCACUCCGCUGCAGCCCUCCGGUGUGUCUGCGAGCCGGCCUCAUGUUACGUGGUCUCCAGGGCCACGUGGCAGUCACGAGCCCUUCUUUCAUGACAGGAAAAGUGCCCUUCACAGGCGCAUUAGUAAAGGACAAAUAUGAUCUGGCUUGAUUCAUUAUCAUCAUCCUCAUUUUUCUGCUCACUUUAAGAGUUAAAAUACAAACAGCUCUGUGGGCUGUGGGUACUGUGCCCUCUGCCCUGCAGUGCCUGAAUAUACCCAGCUGAGGGCGACGCCUCGUUACUUCACACCACUGAUGAUUAACAAGGUUGAAUAUUGACGUGUUAUUAUUUGUCUUUCUUCUUGAAAAUAAUUUGAAUAUACACUUGGCCCCUUCUUUGGAGUCUUGAUGUUUUUCUUUUAUUUACAUAUGAAUUUUUUCUGAUUAUAUGAAUGUUUGUGUAUUUAAGAAAUUUUUUUAAAAAUCAGAAAAUUACACGAAUAAAAAUGAGCCUCAGUAUCGGUUCAUGCAUUUCCAUCUAGUGUCUUUUCUUUGCAUCUAUACCUACGCCUUUUCUUUUGAAACAAAGCUAGAUUCAUAUUCCGCAUGUUAUUUUUAUGCUUUUCUAUUUGACAUUUUAUGAUGAACACUUUCCACAUUACAAAAUAUUUUUCAAAACUAUUGAUGGCCACAUGAUUUUGUUUUAUAGUCAUAACAUGAUUUAUCUGUUCCUUUAUCAUUGAACAUCUUGAUUACCUGUUCCUAUAAGUAAUUCUGGGAGGUAAACAUAUUAUGCCCGUCUUUGAUUAUUUCAUCAGAAUAAAUUCUGAGAAGUGGAGCUAGUGGGUGAAAGGCGUCAUAUUGCAGAGGUGCUCCCAGGCUGAGCACAGCCCAGCACUCCUGGUGUCCACCUUCACUGUGGGCCCUGGGAAUGGCCCUCGUCCACACCCUGCCCAGUGCCUCCGCCUCUGCCCAUCAGAAAAGUUUUAUCUUCAUGUAGGUUCUUACAUUUAUUCUUAAGUUUUUAUGUCUCACUUUUUAUAUUUGCCAUUUCCACACAUUAAAAAUAUUAUUCAUGCUUUUUGGCUAUUUUUUUCUCUUCGUAUGAAUUGUCCAUUUCUUUUAUCCAUAUUCCAUUUGUGUUUUUAUAUACAUUUACAUGUACACAUUAUACGUGUAUAUAUAUAUAUAUAUAUACACACAUAUAUAGCCUUGGCACGUACAUCUGUAAUUGUUACUGCAUUUUCUAUGUACAGAGGUUUUAAAUUCUGUGUAAUGAAGUCUAUUUGAUUUAUUUCCUUUGUAUUUUUCCUUUGUUAGAAAUUCCCUUCUCGAGUGCUUUUUUGGUUCCACAUAUUACCUUUAACUCUUAAAUCCAUCUAUUUGGGAUGUAAAAUCUAAGGUCCCUGUGUCUUGCUGCACUGGCAUUCCUUACCAGUCUGUAGACCUCUUUUCUGUUACUGCUUUGUAAUUCACUUGAAUAUGGGGUAGGACCAGGACCACAUUUUUAGUAGGUUUUUUAAGUUUUUUUAUUUUAUUUUAAUCUAUUCUUUCAGGGAACCAAGGAUUCAUUUUCUCAGAACUCAACUCUUCAUUACCCUGCAGAUCUCAUUGGGAUUUUGAUUAGAACUGACUAGUUUGUGAAGAAUCGAUAUAGGUCUAUAUAAUAUUAAGCCUUCACAUCAAAGAAUGUAGAUGACUCUUCAUUCAAACCUGCCUCUAACCAUCAGAAAAGUUUUAUAGUUUUCUUCAUAUAUUCUUACAUUUGUCCUUAAGUUCAUUCUAAUCUUGUGGGGUUUGUAAAUCUCUGUUGUAAAACACAGGACAACAGGACAACUCCUGGUUGUAAAAAUCCUUUUGCAUAUUUAUUUUAUACCUAGCAGUUUUACCGAGUUAUUCUGGGAGGCACCUAACAGUUCACAGUUUAUUGGGUUUUCUGGUAAACCAUUAUAUUACACAGAAAUAAAAAGUUUGCUUCUCCUUUUAUUAUAGGUAGCCUUUUAUUUUAUUUCUUUUUAAAACCCACGUUGGCCAGCACUUGGAGACAACACUUGGCGGCAGUGGUCACCUGUGGCGGCCUGGGGUGGCUACAGCACACAGUUGUGGCCGAUGAGGCUCAAGGGGAAUCUGCUAGAGAUUUGGGGAAAGUCUUUGCUUUCCUGAUAAAAGAGAAACUGUUCCUUUCUCCCCACCUUCUCCUUCCUGCCUUGAACUUGGAUGUAAUGCUUAGAGGUGUAGUAGCUGUUUCCGACCAUGAGACAAAUGAAGACAAAAUAUGCAAAGUGGAAUGGAUCCUACGAGGAUCCUAGGCCUUGGAUGGCAUUUUGAGCAGCUGUGUUAGCCACUGACCUUUAACUUCCUGAGUUCUUGUUACGUAAGAAAAAUAAAUAGUGUUAAGUCUG